GUCACAGUUUUCAUCGUCUUCGUCGUGUUUGGAUUGGUGGUGAAAAAAGGUGUUUCAAAGUGCCCUGCGAAAAAAAUCGGUGAAAAUCGCCAUAAAUUCCGCUCGGCGCGUGGCAAGUGUGGCUGCAAGUUGGACCCCGCACCAGGUGGAAGUGAUUGGUGUGUGAUUUGGCCCGGAAGUGGUCCGGGAAAGUGCCGGAAACUUGCCGCUAGUCCGAAAAGAGAGAAGAAGCAGGACCUUCCUCCACAAGAAAUCGAGCAGGCAGCUGCAGCAGCAGAGGUCGCGAAAGGAAGAAGCAGGCGACGACGACGACGGUGUGAAGAAGAAAAGCAUCGACGACGACAAUAACAACACCACCUUCAACCGCACUUACGAAAACCACUCCGAGGGGCCAUGAUGGACAGCCCGUGCGAAUCGGAAAGUUCACUGGACGGCGGAGUGAUGCUGCCGCCGAGUCCGGUCUCCCGGGAGCAACUCCAGAAGCGCAUCGAAAGCCUCACCCAGCAGAACAAGGUGUUGAAAGUCGAGCUGGAAACCUACAAGAUCCGCGUUAAAGUCAUCCAGGAGGAGAACCGUGCGCUGCGUCAGGCUUCAGUUAUCAUCCAAGCGAAAGCCGAACAAGAGGAAGAGUACAUCUCAAACACGCUGCUCAAGAAGAUCCAAGCGCUGAAGAAGGAAAAGGAAACGCUUGCCCAUCACUACGAGCGCGAGGAAGAAUGUCUGACGAACGAUUUGUCCCGCAAGCUGGACCAGCUGCGGCAGGAAAAGUGCAAACUCGAGCUCACCCUCGAGCAGGAGCAGGAAUGUCUGGUGAACAAGCUGAUGCGCAAGAUUGAGAAGCUCGAGGCGGAAACUUCGGCCAAGCAGAACAACCUCGAGCAGUUGCGGCGCGAGAUGGUGGAGCUGGAGAAUACGCUCGAGCAGGAACAGGAAGCGCUGGUCAACAAGCUGUGGAAGCGCAUGGACAAGCUGGAGGCGGAAAAGCGCUCGCUGCAGAUUAAGCUGGACCAGCCCGUGUCCGAUCCGACUAGUCCGAAAGAAAUCAACCACCGGAUCGAGAACGGCAACGACACCGCCUCCCAGCUGACGGCCCACAUCCAGAACCUCCGUUCGGAGGUGGACCAGCUGCGCGGUAACCUGGCCGCGGCCGAAAAGGAGAGCCAGGAGAAAACCCAGCAUUUUGCUCAAGAGGAAAAGUGCAUCCGCGACGAGAACAAGCGCCUGCAGCGGAAGCUCGCCCAGGAGGUGGAACGGCGCGAGGCCCUGUCGCGGCACCUGUCCGAGUCGGAGUCGUCGCUGGAGUUUGAGGAGGAGCGGUUGUUCAACGAGAACGUGUCGUCGGGGGUGUUUGGCAGCGGGGGCGUCAACAGGCCGUUGAGUCCGGGUGGGUUGGGCCGGUGCCACGCGUGCGGCCAGCUCGUCAACCGUCGAACCAGCGAGCGGUUCAUCAAGCCGGCGAUUCCGCUGGGGUUGAACACGUCGGCGCCGAACGUGCUGCACCAUCAUCACAGCAGCGGUGCCGGUGUUCCGCCGGGUGGUAGCGGCGGCAGCGGUAGCAGUAACUUCCCGUUGCUUUCGGCCGGCAACAGUGGCGCGACCAGCGGUGGUGGAAUUGGCGCCUGUUCGUCGCUCAACAGCAGCAUCUCGUCGUCCUCAACACAAAACAAUAGCAGUAAUGUGUCGUUCAGCGGAAAUACGUCCUUUGUGCAGCCGGCCAGUCCAAUGGAUACCUCAAUGUGUAAGGAUUAAGUGAGAGUAGGACGCGAUCGUCUUUAUAAAUACAAUACUAUAUCUAUUAUAUAUGAUACCCAUCCACACACACACACACACACACACUCGCACCUAUUGAAAUCGAUCGGAACGGAUUAAUCUUUGCGCAAUGCAAACAAACUGAAAAAAAAUGUGUGUGGAAAACAACAUAAAAUUCAAAAAUACAAGGAGCAAAUGAAACGCCGCUUUAUUGUUACUGAUUUACUACGUCUUAUACAUAUAUAAUUUUUUUAUUUACGAAUUAGUCAUUGUACCGAUAUUUUGUAAAACAAAAUUCAGUGAGUGUGCGGUUCGCGUGAGAAAAAAAACGCCUUUUUUUGAGUAAGAGACGAUCUGUUACAAAAUUCUGUAAAUGUUAUCGCGAAAAGUAAGACACGCGGGGCGCGUUUUGAAUUUUGCGUUCGUUUUCGCUCUAAACACCUCUCUUUAGUCGUCGAUUAUCGUACUAUAAACAAGAAGAAAACAAAAACACGAAGAAGAAGAAUAAACGCGUCAUCGGAAUCGUUUACCUAAUGAUAGAGGAAUUUUAAAAUGUUGCUAGUUGUUGUAACACGGAAGGAUCUGGGGGUUCGUGAGAAGAGGGAGAAGAUAACAGGGUCGCUAUCGCCGAGGAGGAGGAGGAAAAAUGUUCAGCUGCUAUUGACUAAUGGUAUCGAAACGAUCGUAUCAGAACCAGUACUUAUCACCCGGGGUGGCCACCCAAGUCGCGAAAAGACAUCCGGGAAAAAGACGGGAAUUUGAAGCAGUUCACGAAAAAAAAAAUAAAGCUCAUAAAUUUAAGAAGUUACAAAAUGGUUUACUCAUAUUUACUUUUGGAUCGAUUUAUUCAAAAUCGAUGACCUUCAAAAAAUAACAAAAAAUAUUGGGCAGGCUCAACUCAAGGGGAAGCAUAAACUUUGAGGUCCCUAGAGACAAGUGCACUUUGAAUUUUUCAAACAAUAUUUAAACAAGGUCGAAUGGUUUUUCUGCAAAGUUUUAUGAAGAGUUAGGGCGGUUUUUUCAAGCCUGCGGGAAUUUGGUUUGUAGCACACGCUCCUGUAAUGAUGUGCUACAUUUUAUACCUGUAAAAUUACAUAACUUCUAUAAAAUAAUGAUUUUUUUUAAUCAUUAAUGCAAAAAUGAGUUUUUUCUUGUGUAUUCAUUACAGAACUAAAUCCAAAGUACCAUUGUAGAAGGGGAACACACAAAAAUUGGAAAUUUACAUGUUAUUUAUGUAAUAUAUUGUAUUCUAUGUCGAUUUUGUGGCAGGUGUUUACCUUUUUUUCAUUUGCCUCAAACAGUGUGCAAAUUACCAUGUGAUUAAAUUUUUCUACAUAACUAAUUGCAAAACAUCAGCAAAAAGGCAAAUUUGCACCUUCAAACUUAACGCCUUUUAAAUUUACUUUAUUCGAGUGUAAAAUAUCUCUCAUAAAAAAAAUCCGAAUGUUACAUCAUAAAUGGUGUAACACUUUUGCCCGUCAUCAUACAUUAUUUUAUGUAAAUUUGCAACAGAUCAUAUGUAAAACAUGAUUACGUGAAACUGCAGUUUACAACAUACAAGUUUACAUUAUCUUUUUCGUGUACGUAAAUUUACAGUUCUUUCAGUGUAGAUUUAUUAAUAAAAGGGUAACCAGGAAUUCAAACUUUACGAACAAAAAAUAUACAAACUUUAGAUGACAACUUUCUGACUUGCAAAUUAUUCCGUUUUAUUUUAUUGUUUCAUAGAAGUACUCCCAAGUACUCCUACCUCCAUUCGAUCAGUUUUAUCUCAUUUUUGCAAUUAAUUCCUUAUGGGAGAAAUAUAAUGCAACUCUAUAACUUAGCGAAAAAAAAUAAGAAAUAUUCUCUAAUAAUAAGCACAAAAGUAGUUCCGGAAGUGUUUUGUUUAAUAUCUCCGGUAAGUGUUGCAAGAUCAUCGAAAUUUCAACAUGUUUGAAAGUUUCUUCAAAUACCUAACCAAUUAUGUGCAGUUGUUCCAAAAAAAAGAUUUCUGUAGAUUGUAAAAAAUGCUAAAUUUUAUAAUGGUAUGAUGAGCUAAAUUAUAUUUGAACAACAUGGGAAAUACAUGACUUUCCUCUAGAGAAAAAAAAUCUUUUAAGUGAGCAUUAAUUUGUCAAUUUUCUUGAAAUCAUGUUCCGUAGAUAUGAUCAAUUUGUAAUUAAUUCAAUAUCCGAUGGCCGGCAGUGAAAUUAUAGGAAUGUGAAAUCUAUGUCAGACUUGGUUUGCGCUGAUAUAGAUUAUCUCAGUCUUGGGUUUCAGGUGGUAACUACCUCUAAUGAACCAUUCCUGCCAGCAAUAAAGGUCCUACUUUAACAUAUAUAUUUUUUUUAUAUUUUUGGGAAUUUGAUUUUUGAUUGUCUACAUAAAUACUUUGCGUACAACAGUUCUCGUGAUUUGUUGAUAAUAAAUACAGGGAAAGGUCAACAUUUCGCAAAAGGUUUUUGGGUGGCCACCCUAAUUUCUUUCACAUAGACUUACAGAUAAAGCCACACAUUCAGAAACGGAAAAACCGCACGAAUGUAAAUGAUUUUUUUUAUGAAAAGAAAAAGAAAACAUACAAAAAACACUCGCAUUCGCUUACGCAAUAUUCAUACAAAUGACAAAAGAUAGAAAUAAAACAAAACUAUUACAGAUAAAAAAAAGCAACAGACGAGCGCACCUAACUAAGAAAAGAAAUAAAUAAAGAAAGAGAAAUGAAAAAGAUAACGAAUAAACCCACAAAACCCGCAGUCAUAUAAACAAGUCACGUGGAUUUCAAAGCAUAACGGAAGCAAGAGGAGCAUUAGGACAUACCUACACAGCUGUAGUAGUCGAAUAGAUAGAGUAACGGAACAAGUGUGGACUAUUUGCAAAAAAA